UGGGAGUGAAAAAAGCUACUUUUGAUGGCCCCCAAGAAAAGUUUAAUGCUUAUGUAACCUUAAAAGUACAAAAUGUGAAGAGCACGACUAUUACAGUCAGGGGCAACUUGCCCUGUUGGGAGCAAGACUUCAUGUUUGAGAUUAGCAGGCUGGAUUUGGGAUUGACAGUGGAAGUCUGGAAUAAAGGACUGAUUUGGGAUACAAUGCUAGGGACCGUAUGGAUUCCAUUAAGAACCAUUCGACAGUCCAAUGAGGAAGGCCCAGGUGAAUGGUUGACCCUUGACUCUCAAGUUAUAAUGACAGAUAAUGAGAUCUGUGGAACCAAAGACCCCACCUUCCACCGCAUCUUGCUUGACGCUCGGUUUGAACUUCCAUUAGAUAUUCCGGAAGAGGAGGCUCGAUACUGGGCAAAGAAGUUAGAGCAGCUAAAUGCUAUGAGGGAUCAGGAUGAUUAUGUGUUUCAAGAAGAGCAGGAGAAUCCCUUACCCGUUCAUGGUUCUCAGUGCUGUAACUGGAAUUAUUUUGGCUGGGGUGAACAGCAAAACAAUGAGGAUCCUGAUAGUGCUGUUGAUGAUCGUGACAGUGAUUACCGAAGUGAGACCAGCAAUAGUAUACCUCCAGCUUACUAUUCAACAUGCCAGCCAAAUGCCUCUGUACACCAAUAUCCUGUGAGACACCAGUACAGCUCCCAUGGAUCUUGUACUGACUCUGUACACAGCUAUGAGAUGGAUUUCUCAGACCACCGGCCAGUCAGGCAUUACGAUAGCGCAGACUCUGCCACUAAUGGGCGCAGUGAUGUGGAGUCUGUCUCCGGUUCAAGCCGCCUCACCAGUCGGCAGCACUCUCUGGAGAGCCGACAGUCACUAGACCUGUCUGAUAGUCCUACUGGAAGCAGUCGAUAUGCCUCCUCUGGGGAACUUAGCCGAGAUUCUACACAACUAAGUGAUGAUUUUGACCCCGAAAAUGACAGCCUUCAGGGUUCUGAAAUAGAGGAAGAGCGGGACAGAGACUCUUAUCACUCCUGCCAUAGUUCUGUCAGCUACCAAAAGGAUUCUCCAAACUGGGAAGGAGAUGAGGGCCCUGAAGGGUACAGUGAAGAAGAUGAUGAUGAAGGUGGCUACCCUGACAGCAGGGAGCAGCUUUCUGACAGAGAUCUUUAUGAUGAUGAGGUUCCAAGAGAAGAUGAAGGUGAAAAAUUAGGAUAUGAGCUUGAGGACACAUUGUACGUAUCUGGAGAGAGUAAGGAGAAAACACCCCCAGAAAUUCCAAUUCAAAAAGAGAAGACCCCAGAGGCUACACCAGAGAGUGAGGCAGCACCGGUAGUCCCGCUAGGGCCUUUACUGGACAGGGAUGAGACCACGGGAAUGUCAAGGGCCAAGUCAAACUGGCUGAGAGCAUUUAACAAGGUGCAGAUGCAGCUGCAAGAG